AUGCAGACCCUCCUUGAACUCAUCGAGUCUGGCUUGCCUGAACAUCGCCAUGCAUUUCCCCACCCACUGCGUGAAUAUUUCCAGUUUCGUGAUGGACUUUCUUCGGUUGAUGGAGUUAUCCUCUUCAAUGAUCGUGUACUCAUUCCUCCUUCCCUCCGGGAUGAGAUCUUGACCCACCUGCAUGCUGCUCACCAAGGGGUUACCUCGAUGACUGCUCGUGCUGAAGCUUCUGUCUUCUGGCCUGGCAUCACCCCCGCGAUCAGAGCCCUACGUGCAGGAUGCACUCAGUGUAACCGGAUAGCCCCAUCCAAUCCCAGUGCACCGCCGGCUCCCCUGAUCUCGCCGGCCUUCCCCUUUCAAUGUAUCUGUGCAGACUAUUUUCAUUACAAAGGAUGCAACUAUUUGGUCAUAGAGGACGUAGGGCCUACAGGUACUCGAACUGGCCAAUCGUCGAGCGAUCUGCACAGGGGGCGAGUGGACUCAUCACAUGUAUCCGUCGUGUCUUCGCCACGUACCUUUGGCAUCCCCGAUGAGCUGGCUUCUGAUGGAGACCCUGAGUUCACAGCGGUAGCUUCACGUCGUUUCCUUUCGGAUUGGGGCAUCCAUCAUCGUCUUGCCUCUGUUGCAUUUCCCCCACAGCAACUGUCGAGCUGA